GGUAGCACGUGCGUCGCGGACGAGCAGGAGCAGCGGCGGCAGUGCGCGACAAUGGCUGCGGACGGCGUGGCGGACGGCGACUACCUCGGAGCGUACUCGCGAUUCUUCGCCGAGUUCGUCGCCAGGGUGAACCCGGACGACCAGCUGCCGGUGAAGGUGAGCGCCUACGACGUCAGCGAGGGUGAGCUCGUCGGCGAGAUCGUCAGCGUGACUCUACAGUACCUCAACCAGACAUACUGUCCACCAAGUUUACAGUCGUAUAUCGUGCAUCUCGUGAUAGAGGCGAUCAAAUUAACAUGCAAGAAACAACCGGAAAUCUGCGGGCUACGACAGCAAGAGAAAACAUACGCGCCUCUAAAGCUUAUGCAGGCCGUCAUAAACGAAGUGAACGAGAUCUGCAGGCGGUAUUUAGAUAACAGCAGACUUGCGCUUCUCCCACCGCCUUCGUCGACGCCGCAAGUCACGGCGGGCGCAAUCAAAAAUGCCAGGAGAAAAAUGGAAGAUCGUCACGUGGUUCUGCACGACUUGCACACUAUCUUUAAUAUUCAGGACGACACGCUAGCGAAUUAUUACGCCGUGUUUGAUGGGCAUGGUGGACAGGACGCAGCGGCGUAUUGCGCGACGCACUUGCACCAGUACUUGGUCGAGAGCGUGCAUUAUCCCACGGAUCCGGAACGCGCGUUGCGCGACGCCUUUGUGACCACGGACGAGCAAUUCAUAGCGAAAUCGAGCACGCAGAAACUGAACGGCGGUACUACCGCGGUGUGCGCGCUGAUGUUGAAUAAGAAAUUAUACAUCGCUUGGGUCGGCGACUCCAUGGCUGCGCUGGUUACACGUAACUCCGUGAUGCAACUGGUGAAUCCUCAUCGACCUACGCGAAAAGACGAGAGCGAGCGAAUUCAAAAUAUGGGUGGUGCCGUCCUACAGUGUAUGGGAGUCCUGCGAGUAAACGGAUUCCUCAGCAUAUCCCGCGCCAUAGGCGACGUCCCGUAUAAACCGUACAUCAGCGGCGAGCCCGAGGUCCGAUGUGUGCCUCUGGACGGAACCGAGGAUUUUCUUAUAAUCGCCUGCGACGGAUUGUGGGACUACAUAGAUCAGAGAACCGCGGCGCUCCGCGUUUACGGACAGGUGCUGCAAAAUCCCCACGAUCUCAAGUACGUGCAUCAGGCUCUACUGCAAAGCGCCAAACGCGCGGGUUCCCUGGAUAACAUCACCGUGAUCGUGGUCUUCUUGACACCGCCGGUCGAAAUCGCUUCGCGCAACUCGCAUCGGGUGCCGAAUGGUCUACUGGUGAACAACAUGGAUCCGAAUAAUCCGUUCUCGUCGAAUUCCGGUCAGUUUGACGUAAAUGCCGCCUUCAUCAAGCAGCAGCAGCAGCAGCUCGACGCGGAUAUACAGACCGCCGCGAAUUUCGAGUUUGACAACAACCGUUUGAUCUUCGGUAAGGCGAGAAACGGCAAGCACGAGGACGACGAUGAUUACGACUACGGUGAUCUCGGUCCCGAGACCGAUGUCGACGCCUGCGAGGAUAUACCCGACAUCGCGCGUUUUCCCACGUCGACACCGGGCGAGAUCUCCCCCGAAAGCGAAGCGAACGUGAAUCCACCGAUGGACAUGGACAGUAAUAACGACAACAACGAGAACAACGAUUACCUUAACCGCGACAACGCGAACGUCCGUCCGGUGGAGCCGAUGAUGGUAAACGACGACGGCGAGGUGGACAAUCGUUACAUCAGAUUGAGUGACAGGGAGAUAGUUUGCGAUACGAGCGACGAGACGCCGGCAGCGCGCGACAACGAUGACGACGACGACAUGUGCGUUGAGCCCGGCACGCAUACCGUCAUCGACGAUGAUGAGUCGCCACCCUCGCCGAUAGCUACUAAACCUCAUCAACAUGCAUUGAUCUCUGAAACGGAGAAUGUAGUGGACAGCGAGGAUUCCGAGGACGAGUGGAAUUACUAUCGUAUCGAUCCGAACAAGGAAGAAUCCUCAGCGACUAUCGCGACUGACGAAUCUCGCAAAGGUGUUGAGGCGCAAACCGCACAGAAUUCUGAGCCUCUUGCAGACAGCUUGGAAGUCCGGUCUUCAGAAGCCGAAGACGAUAUUAAAUGCGAACAAUCAAAGAAAGAAACCUCCUUGCCUGAGCUUGUCAACAUUGAUAUAAGCGACGCAGGAAAACCGUGCGACCUGGAGGCAAAUCGCGCUUACGCGAACGAAGCAAGAACACUGGAGCAAGAGGCUGACAACGAAGAUAUGGAUUUCCAGCUGAAUCCGGAAGCGGCUGAAUUCGUGCCGUUGUCGCCACCGCUGCGUGGCAAUCGAAACCAUUUGCAGGAUUAUCGCAUCAGCGGCUCUCCUUUAAGACAGACGCCGGCGAUGGAUGAUAUUCCAGUACCAACUCAGAGCGAAUUCGAGGAAGAGGUGUCGCAACGACCUAGAGAGGUGGAUGAGAAAGAUUUUUCGAGUGAAGAACACCCAGCGGAUCAUGAAAACAGUCUGAAUAACAUGGAUGUAUCGGAAAUCUCGUCGACCAAGGCCGAAAUGGGCGACGAAUCCAUGGCGCGAAUCAUGUCCAGCACACAAUGGCAGACAAAUCUUUCCUCUCAGUGGAGCGAGAAAGCACGCGACGAUGCGGGAUCCGAGUGCGAGGAGUAUGCCACAAGGGGCAAUCCCAUGACGAUGUCGUACACUCCUGGCGACUUUGAAGCGGCAUUCAAGACCGGCGUUGAUCUGAACGCCGUCCACGACUUGAGUUCGGACAGCGCCGAACUUGCGAACACACCAUCUCGUUCGCCCGAACCGUUCGCGUGCGAUGAACGUGCACACACACCUCUCUCAGACAAGGAUUCGAUCGAGCAUUUGCGCGCGGCAUCGACGCCGCAGUCCGCGAAUGAGAAAGUGCCGAAUGCUGAAAACGAGGAGAAAAUGAACAUGGAAACUACUCCUAUGGAACAUUUUGAUGUUUUUUCUGUGAAUCAGAUGGAUGCUUUAAAUGAAUUCUUGUCCGCCAAUGAUACAUCAGCUAAAUUCAGCUUGGAUGAAUGCAAAUCCGCGAAUUCCACGUUGCUGAUGAACCCUGCCUCGUCAGAAUUGAAUGAAUUGAUUAAUCCGUUUGAUAUUAAAUCGCCAUCAGAAAACAUUCAAUUCAAAGCGCACGACGAGCAAUCGUUGAAGUCUGAUGAAGCCGCACUCAGUCGUACGGAAUCUUCGCUUCCCGAGGAGCUCGUUACGCAGGCCGGAGGAAAUGCAAAAUUCAUGAAAGACACUUACGAGGAGCAAGAGAAACUAGUAGAAAUCGGAGCUGAUAAAAACGCCGAUCCAUUCUUGAUUCAGGAUACGUUAGAACCUUGCACCUUGCAGACAGAAAAAGAAUCAAAAACGCUGCACCCAGAAAUUUUCUCGAAUACAACGAAUAAUACGAUCACUACGCAAAACGAUUUUAUCUCAGGUCUGUCUUCAAACACAAAUAUAGAAGAACCUACAAAAUUAUUGUUUUUCUCAGAAAGUCCAGAAAAUAACGUUGUCAGCGCGGAUACGACAAUUGGAGAUGCUCAACCGCUAUUUACCGGUUUGAAUUCCUACGUAGAAAACAAAGCGUUGCUGCUUGACAAGGAUCCUGAUCCCAAUGUCGAUCGUUCCGAAAACUUGUUUGUGUGCGACAGUGUAGAAUCCCUUACAAAGAGUGAAGAAAAACAGAAAGACAGUAAGGUUACUGACAUUGAGACUUUUGACGUCAAGCAGGAUAGUAUAGAUCUGCUGUUACGUCCGUCAAUUGUCGAACAAGAGCAACGUAGAAGUCAGACGCCAGAGAAAGCUCCAUUAUUGAGCGAACAAAUCGGACAGGAACAAAGAACCGAGAAAGAAGGAAUGGAAGUUACGUCUACGGGUGUCACUGAAACAUUCGAGAAAAAAGUUGAAUCCGAAGAUAUUUCUCCGAGCAAGGAAGCAACAUUACCGAAAGAUGUCGGAGUAGCGGACAAGUCGAAAGAAAUAGUCGCCAAACUAGGUGCAUUAACGGUAGGUGCAGCAGCGGGAACUGCUACCUCCGUCACGAGUGUUGCCAAGUCGAAAACAACAACGACAACUGCUACAAAACGUUCAACAAAACCCACGGCGGCGACGACAAAAGCAACGGUGUCAACAAAGCCGGCGACGAAGUCAACUACGCCAACUUCGCCUUCCAAGACAUUUGGUGCAACCGCACGAACAACAGUCACAUCGACGCAGUCAACCACCGCGAGGAAACCCGCUGCAAGUUCUGCGGCUCGUCCUAAACAACUGGACGGAUCAGCUAAGCCGGCUGUCUCGAGUGUCGGCGGUAAAGCCACCGUUACGAAAACGAGUGCGACUUCUUCUAAAACCACGACAGCAACAACGGCAACAAGGACCGCUGCUUCUCCACGUAUUGGUACAACGAAGCCAAGACUCACUGCCACCGCGUCACCGAGGCUGAAUACCGGAACAUCAGCCGAGAGGAAACCAACAGCGAGUGGCGACGCGAAACCUGCCAGUAAGUCCGCUGCUAAACCGACGAGCACUGCAGUAAAGACCAGCAGCGCGAAGACCACGCUAGUCAAAUCGUCGUCGACGACCACGAGAACAUCCACAUCCACUUUGACGUCCAAGCCGAGACCUGCGUCCGCCGCUGUCGCAGCUAAACCAACGUCCACAAUCGCAACGAAGCAAUCGUCGACCAGUGGAGUGACUAGCACAAGACCCAAAACCGCUCCAGUUACCAGCAGCACGAGGCCACGUGAAAGCACCACUCGAACGGCUACAGCAAAAUCACCGAUGACUGACAAGCAAAGCAAAGAAACUGUCAACAAGCAGAUUUCUCGUGCUGGCGCGUUGUCAGCGCCUAAGACCACCACUCGUGUCUCUGGCAUCACCAGUACAACUACUACCGUGAGACGCACGUCCGCGAAAGCACCCGCCAGUAACGCGUCCGCGACUUCACCAACGAAGAAAUCCACUCUGACAUCGAAGGUCGCGUCAAAGGCUCCUGCAGGAACGAAAAAGACGCCUUCGAGCGAGACCAAGGUGUUGCAGAAUGGAAUUCUCGAGAAGAAAGAAGACAAAAUCAAGGCCGCCGUCAUAACAGCGGCGGGUGACAAGCCUGAGGAAGAUGUGCCGCGGAAGGAUACAUCACCGUUGGACGUGCCGACCGAUAAUCAGUUGAUCACCGACUGAAUGGAUCGGUCGAUCGGUAAGCCGCCCGGAGAUCUGUUUCGCGAUCGACAUACGCUGGCCUACACGUAAGGGAUUACACAUUCAUCGCGGGUGAACCGACAGCCGGUUUCUCUUCUUAUUAUUUAAUGGACAAAGAAUGCGCAUUUGCGCGCCGUUAGAGUUAGUGUGCUUAGGGAAUACGAAUAUAUUAUAUGUCGAACGGAAAAUUUUUACUGUCUUUACGUAAACGCUAUAUGUUAAAUGGAAAUAUGUUUAUCUACCAACAAGAGGCAUACAAUUAAACAUUGCUUUCGACAUUGCCUGCGACAUUCGCAAACGCGUAAUGUCAAAACAAAAAUUUGGAAAACAUCUGAGAUAAAUAAGAGAAGAAUAAGGGGAAAGGAGUUAGAUUGAUGAAGAUCGCUAGCCUUGUUAUGUAAAUAUUCGGAUGCGUUUUCGUGCGUCAUUAUUUUUUCAAUUAAUUUGAGAUUGCCUGAAAAAUAUCAGGUGGUGCUCGUGAUGGCCUGGAAAUAGAGUUUUAUUGAUUCUGACUAAUAUGGCGGUAUGUUAAUGUUGAACGGAACCUGAUAACAAUGCGGGAUUUUUUACAUUUUUUAAUUUUAUACAUAUGCAUUAUAAUUGAUAAUUACUCGCGAAUACACAUUUAUCCGAAGAGCAAAAAAGAAAAGAGAAGAGAAGGUGGAAGCGUAUAUUUAUUCUUUGUUUGUUCCUAUUUUUCAAGUUGAAUUCAUUGCGAGAUAUAUACUGACUCGUAAUCAUGAUAAUAUAAUAAUAUCCAUCUAUGUGUACAGCGCACUUUUAUGGUUUAAUGUGAUACCUUACAAUACUAUUAAAUAAAUUUGAACGAUAUGAGCAAAAGAAAGAGAAAAACUUUAUAUGUAUAUGAAUGCAGAAAGAGAGAUAGAAAAGAAGAGCGGAAUUUAAAGGUUCAUUGAGAGAGAAAAUACUAUAUCCGAUUUUCUUGGACCAUGCUUCUCAACGCAAUUGACGUCGGGAAUCGCUGCGCGCGCGCUUAAUGCUUUUGCUCGAUACAGAUUUCGAAAUUAUUUUCUUGCAUUCGAUUGCUUCUUCGUAGCUUUCGUUGCUGAAGUACGCGUUCGAACAAACAGCGCUCGAUGCCGCGGGAACUCGAUCGAAAGCAGUUUCCCUUUUUAUCAAGCUUUGAUGUCUAUUAUAUGGCACCUUAUCCUGUUUUUUUUUUGUUUUUUUUUUUCCUUUAUAAUUGUACAUUAUCUUGUUUUAUCGAAGGGACAUGUAUCAAGUGGUCUUUAAACUCGUAAUGAGCGCAAGCGGCUGCUCACGAGGAUAAAUCGCGUACGUGAUUGUCGGAAUGAAUGUGUUACUGCGCGCGGAAUCUUAAAGGAUAGCGAAAUCCUUCGCGAAAGGAGGGACUUCUCGCGAUGCCAACUCGUAUCACAUGCACAAUAAUUCGGCGAUUAACAUGCAUUAUGCGGCUUCGUAUCAAAGAAAGCAACAGCUUACAGCGUUUCCAUACGCGUAUUACGAAUGCGUGAUAUUCCGAGUUUUGUGUAACAUUUGUCACAUUUAUUUCUUUUCCAGAAUUCAUACUUGAAUAAAUGACGUACUACGUUUGAA